AUGGCUUCAAUUUACACUCUACGCGUCUACAAGUCGCCUUCUCUCCCUCUUGCAAUGCAGAUACGAGGUGUUUCCUAUGAACUUCAGUUUCGGUCGGUAUCGAGAACAGAUUUCAAUUGUGCGAACCGUAAUCGCGGAGUGAGGUUCAGAAAAUUGGUGGCCGGAGCAGUUGAUUCCGGCGCGAACAGGAACGACGUCGUUGUUGUGAAGCUGGAGAGAGACAAUGCUAAAAAGCCUCUGGAAAAUGUAGUUGCCAAGUUGCGAGAGUCUGUUGGCACUCUUCCUGUGUUGGUGUCAUCGGUAAUUUUGCUGCCCGCCUAA